AUGGCAAAAAGAGAUGACCAACCAAAGGUAUGUGAAUCAGCUUUCGAUUUAAUAUUUGACAUUAGUAUCAAUACUGUUGUUGAAGGUGAACCUAUAACGUUUGUAUGUUCAGUAAAUUCUAAACCUGAUCCAGUAGUCAAUUUAUACAAAGAUGAGACUCCAAUUAGCAGAGAAACAACAACAAAUCUAACAUAUAACAUUGGUAAUGUGGUGAGGAGUGACAGGGGGAACUACAAAUGUGAAGCAAGUAACAUAGUUGGUAGUGAUACAUCUCAAGUCCAGCGAUUGGACGUUCAUGAUAUACCUGAAUUUGAUUCAGCAGAUGAAGUCACUGUUGGUCAUGAAGAACAGUAUGUUAUUGAACUUGAAGUCUCAGCAAAUCCUAGUGAUGUCACUUAUCAAUGGACCACAAAUCAUCCGGGAAUUGAAAAUACAGACACUAACCCAGCAACGUUCACAUUCAAUGAUCCAGAUGGUAGUGUCACAGUGUUCACAAUAACACUUACUGUUACUAAUAGUAUUGGAUUGACAACAAAGUCGAUUAAAAUAAUUGUAAUGGGUAGCAUUAGAUAUGAUAUCAAGACUUUUCAUUACUUGGGCCUUGUUGUACAGGUAGUUAUGUCAUAAUACUUUAUUAAAUUACAUCUAGGCCUAUU